GGCCCCGAGAGCGGCGCUUCCGAGAGGGAAGGCGGAAGAUGGCGGCGGCUGCUUCGGCGUGGCUGGCGCUGACGGCGGCCGUGGCCGUGCUGGGCCUGGCCCGGGCGGCGGCGGCGACGGUGGGCGGCGGGUCCCGCACUCUGGUGCUGCUGGAGAACAUGAACCUGAGGGACACCCACUCGCUCUUCCUGCGCAGCCUGGCCGACAGGGGCUUUGAUCUAACCUUCAGGACUGCUGAUGACCCAAGCCUGUCUCUCAUCAAAUACGGAGAGUUCCUGUAUGACAACCUGAUUAUAUUUUCUCCAUCUGUAGAAGAGUUUGGUGGCAACAUCAACGUGGAGACUAUUGCUGCUUUUAUUGAUGGAGGUGGGAGCGUUCUUGUGGCUGCCAGUUCAGACAUUGGCGACCCUCUUCGAGAGCUGGGGAGCGAGUGCGGGAUAGAGUUUGAUGAGGAGAAGACAGCUGCCAUAGACCACCACAACUACGACGUGUUGGACCUGGGCCAGCAGCUCCCCCCCCCCCCCCCCCCACCCCCCCCCAUUGUGGCAGACUCCGAAAAUCUCCUGAAGGCUCCGACGAUUGUGGGGAGAAGGCCGCUGAACCCCGUCCUCUUCCGGGGAGUCGGGAUGGUGGCUGACCCGGACAACCCUCUGGUUCUGGACAUCCUGACUGGCUCCUCAACCUCGUACUCCUUCUUCCCCGACAAGCCCAUCACGCAGUACCCUCAUGCUGUUGGGAAGAACACGCUCCUGAUUGCUGGUCUCCAGGCCCGAAAUAACGCCCGUGUCGUUUUCAGUGGCUCCCUGGAUUUCUUCAGUGACGCCUUCUUCAACUCUGCUGUUCAGAAGGCCACGCCAGGCUCUCAGAGGUACCCCCAGACGGGGAACUACGAGCUGGCCGUUGCCUUGUCCCGCUGGGUGUUCAAGGAAGAGGGCGUCCUUCGGGUUGGAGAGGUGUCCCACCAUCGGGUGGGGGAGACAGCGCCCCCCAGUGCCUACACAGUCACUGACUUAGUGGAAUACAGCAUUGUAAUUGAAAAGCUCUCUGAUGGCAAGUGGAUCCCCUUUGAUGGGGAUGACAUUCAGCUUGAGUUUGUCCGCAUCGAUCCGUUUGUCAGGACUUUCCUGAAGAGGAAUGGAGGCAAAUAUAGCGUCCAGUUCAAGCUCCCCGAUGUCUAUGGAGUAUUCCAGUUCAAAGUAGAUUACAACCGCCUGGGCUACACACACCUCUACUCAUCCACACAGGUGUCUGUGCGCCCCCUCCAGCACACGCAGUAUGAGCGCUUCAUCCCGUCCGCCUACCCUUACUACGCCAGCGCCUUCUCCAUGAUGGUGGGCCUCUUUCUCUUCAGCAUCGUGUUCCUGCACAUGAAAGAGAAGGAGAAAUCGGACUGAGCAGCCACACAAGGGUGCUGCUGGAACUGCGGCCUCGGGGGGGGGGGGGGGGGA